AUGACAGCUUCGAAACAUCACUUUGUAGAAAGAAAAAGAAAAGAAAAAGAAAAGUAUAUUUAUCAAAUAUUUUCUGGUGAAAAUCUUUCCCUGUUCCCGAAAAACGCCAUCGAAUUUCUCCGUGCAGCGUCGCGAUUCUGUGUUUGCGAAACCGCGGCUCGGAACCGUCAGAUGCGGAGCGCCGUGGUGCAGGUGCAGUGAGGUACAGCGAAGGAGCAGUUGGUACGAACCGUUUUCCUCCGCGAACGGGCACGGUCCCUUCGCAUCGGGUGCUUUGUUUACCCGCGUACCGUUCAGGGCCUUUCCGAGCGAUAUUGGGUAGGCGCUGCCGGGGCAGUAACACCUACCCCAUCCCAGGAGGAGUCAAUGCUACCGACGGGAACGCACCCGGCCGCACCUUCCGACAGCAGAAAGAACGAGGUCGGCAAGAACGGUAGCACCAGCACCAUGUCCGGCAGUUCGAUCGACAACCGCAUCACGAUGAUGGAACAGAUGAUCCAGAACCCUCGCUCGACUCCCUCACUGUCCCUGCCGAUCUCAUCGCAGCCGCCAACGGCUCGGUUCAAUCGCACCGGAAGCGGCGGUAUGGGCGGCGGAUCAGGACCCAAUAGACCAUCGUUAGGUCUGAACCUGCCCAUCGUGUCCGGCAACCGGCGGAGCGAGUCGGAACUCAAGUUCCAGAAGAUUGUCGACAAAAGCGGACUGUUGAAGAUCAACGAUAAGAUUUAUCGCACGCAGCUCAGCGACCUGGAGGAUUUGGGCGAACUUGGGAACGGGACCAGCGGGCAUGUGGUAAAGAUGCGACACAAUCCGAGUGGUGCCAUCAUUGCUGUGAAGCAAAUGAGACGCACCGGUAACGACGAAGAAAACAAACGAAUCAUCAUGGAUCUGGAUGUGGUGCUGAAGUCGGAAAACUGCAAGUACAUUGUAAAGUGUCUCGGCUGCUUCAUCACCGAUGCAGACGUGUGGAUCUGCAUGGAGCUGAUGACAACGUGCUUCGACAAGCUGCAGAAAAAGUCCAAGAAACCGGUGCCGGAAGAGAUACUCGGCAAGGUGACGGUGGCCACGGUACGUGCGCUCGCCUAUCUGAAGGACAACCACCUGGUGAUCCACCGGGACGUGAAACCCUCGAACAUCCUGAUCAACGAUCGGGGCAACAUUAAGCUGUGUGAUUUCGGCAUCAGUGGCCGGCUGGUGGAUUCGAACGCCCGUACACGUUCCGCCGGGUGCGCUGCAUACAUGGCGCCGGAACGAAUCGAUCCAGCUAAAACAGUGUACGACAUCCGGGCAGAUGUGUGGUCGCUCGGAAUCACGCUGGUCGAGCUGGCCACUGGCGUCUUUCCGUACCGUGGUUGUGUGACCGAUUUCGAGGUGCUCACGCAAGUGCUCACCUCCAAUCCGCCCCGGCUGCCCGAAGAUCAACCUUUCAGUCCGGAAUUUCGGGACUUUGUGCAGCUGUGCCUGCAGAAGGACUAUCAGGCCCGGCCGAAGUAUCCGGACCUGUUGCGGCAUGCAUUCCUGCAGCGUGCCGAGCACGACACCACAAUCAACGUGGGCGAAUGGUUCCGCAAUGUGGCUGUCAACUGUGGCAUUCAGCUAACGAGCCCGCAACCGCCUCCGACCGCUUCGUCGGCUUCCGUCACUUCACCCCCAACCUGGACCGCAACGUCGGAACAAACCAGAAUACCGACACCGCUGGGAAGCUUGACGGAAGCAGUCCAGGCGCAAUCGAACCAGCAAAAGCAAACCAUCGCCAUCGCCGCCUCGUCCAUCCCGAUCAAGUCGACCGCAACGAUCCUAUCCCCCCACAUCGCCCACGAAGCGCCUAACAACCUCAGCAGCCUGCAGCAACGAUCGCAGCAACAGCAGCAGCAACUACUCCAGAGCAAACUGAGCAACAUCAGCCUAGCGUCCUCAUCGUCCUCCAUCUCGGCGGCCGCAGCAGGAGCACCACAACCACCAGCCGCCACCACCACCACCACCACCAUCUACUCGCCUACCUCCUCGUCUUCCUCUCCGGCCGCGUUUGAUCCACGCCGGUCCCCAUCGCCCCAGGCCUACUAUUUAGCGAAAAUGCAACAGCCAAAAAGUGCCAUUACUAGCACCAGCGCAGUACCGGUAGCGACGACCGGAGGGCUGGAGCGAAACGGAUCGCUCGAACCGGCACGCAAGUACAAACACUCGCCCUUCCUGUCGCGCCGCACCGCCUCCGAGUACGGCAACGGCAGCCCCAAGAAGGAAUCGACGCUGAGCAGUUUGGGGCAAAGCAUCUUCAAAAACCUCACCACAUCACCGUUCGCACAGCGGAAAUCCGUACCGCCGGGUGAAUCGAAGCUUGCCAGCGCCUCCUCCAACGCACCACCCGUGCCCGUCGCGUCCGCAAACAUCUACGCGAACGGUGGGGCUGGGUCGGGCGGCAGCAGCAGCAGCAAUCCGUCGUCACCGUUGUUGCUGUUGCGAAAAGCCCAGCACGAUGCGCCGGAUACGGAUACACAGUAUAAACAUCUUCAGGGAAACACUAGUCCAAUUGUUCUGCAGCGAUUCUACCAUCAGCAGAAUCAGCUGAUCGAGCAGCAAAGGGAAGCACUGCACCAGCAGCACCAGCAGCACCAGCAAGCUGUUUACGGGUACUCCUCACCAUCCCCAGUUCCUUCGGCAAGCGAACCGUCGCCACGGCCAACCCGCUACAGCCCACUACCCUCGCACCGCACCGUACACCAUGGCGUGCAUCCGGUGCUGAGCAACGCCAACCUACCACACCAAAGCGCAAUCCCGCUCUACGUACACCACGAACACAAAUCCACCACGUCGUCCUUCUUUAACACGUUCAGCCGCGGCAUGAAGAGUGCCGGGCGGAGUGAUAAGGUGAUCGAUCGAGGUGGCACCACCGCCCCUACCCUGGUGACCGGUGAUCGCCCGCUCUACACAACCACCGCCCAAACGAUGUACCACCAUCAGCAGCCGGGCCAGACAAGUGCGGCGGCCACGAUGCUUCAUCGACACGGACCCCUCGGGGGCGGUAUCAGCAACGGGGGUGGUUGUGGUGGUGGUGGUGUCGGCGGGAUGGUGGUAGUUCCGGAAGGUAGCAAAGAGGAAGCAGGAUGGUUCAAUUCCUUUGCAGAUAUGAAGCGCAAGUUUGCCUCGUUCGUGAAGCUUAACCUCAGCAACAAUGGCACGGGGGCAAGUGGAGCGGGCACCGUCGGUACCGCCACCAUUGGCGACAAGCGGACGCUAAAGGAGAAACAUCUGCUACAGCAACAGCACCAUCAGCAGCAGCUUCAACUACAACAGCAGCAACAGCAGCAACUCCACCUUCAGCAGCAUUAUGCAUCGAAUCCUUACGACGUGAUGUCAGCAGGAGGAGGAGGAGUAGGAGGAGGAACGAUGAUGGGGGCGGCUAGCGCGGGUGGGAUGUACGGUUCGACGGGUGCGUUUCCCGCUGCGUCGGCAACGUCCACGAUAGUGCAACCUCCGUCCGCCAUACCGCCCAUGGCACACGUGCUCAACAGUCCGGCGACCGAUCGACGGCACCGCAGUCCCGAUCCACCGCCGAGGUUAAACCGUGGUCAAUCGCCUCUACUUCUGCAAAGGAAACUGGAACAGCUCGGCCAUACCGGAUCGCCCUUGCUGAACAGAAGACCCUUCAACUCUACCUCCCCAUCACCGCCCCUGCCGCCACGACGCGGUUCGGAAAGUGUGCCCGGUUCGCCGCAACAUUUGCGCACCCGCAUCAACUACACGCCGGAACCGCACCGGCGACCCUACCGCACCACGAUCGACCAAUGAGUGGGACUACAAAUCCUGGCCAUGUGAUCGAUGUACACCUUCCUCAACCACUAGCGGAUUGCCGUUUGGUGCUACUGCUUGUAAAUUGUGCUGCAAAAAAUGUGAAAGGUAAUGCACGAGGAUUCCUUCCCCAAACCAUAUAUAUACAUACACACACACCCAAUAUAGUACCAAAUUGCUAGGAAAAAAAAGUUAAACAAACAAAAGACGCUCAUACAAUUACUACUACUACGCUGCCUCAGGUAAAUCGAAAAGGGAUGAUGAAUGCGCCGGGAAAGAAGCAACACUAAAAAUCGACAUUAUCGACACGGCGGGAGAUACACGAUACGAAUGAACAAACAAACGAACCAACAAAACACGAACGAAAGUCAAUAAUAUCUCCCGAGUUGUUCUACUGAAACCAGCUCACCAAAACAAAGAGAAACGCCAUCACCAUUCGUUAGUUAGUGCAAACGUGCUUUGGAACGCAACGGAGGACAAACUCAUCGUCCUCCGUCGUACAUUCGCUUACUUACUGCGUUGGGAAACCACUGGAGAAGGGCCAUGUUUUGUGGCCAUCCCCUCCUGCGAUCACACGCUGUUGUUAGCUGGUAGGUUAAAGAAAGUUUACAACAAAACAUUUAACAUAACCUUCCGCUUAUCCGGCCCAAGCGCUCUAUCUCUCGCGCGCGGGUCUCAACUCACCUGCUGCUAGGGUUGGCGCUGUCGAAUUGUGUAUCCGCAAGCUGUAGACGGGUUUUUUCUUAUUUAAACCUUUUUUUCCUCGAAAAGAGAGAACGCUUUCCUGUUUUCGAAACCUAGCUUCCGCUUCCGGCUUUCCUUUUUUUCGCAAGCGAAUGUUUCCAAACACUCAUAUAUUACCUCACAUACUGUAUGAUAAUCAAAAGCAAACAAAAGCCGUUGCGUUGCGCGCGUGUGUGUGGGUACAGUACAUAUAAACGUACAUUUAUACAUAUAUAUAUGCAAGCAUCGCGCUCUCGGGUCCGAAGUGUCCUUUUUCACGUCGCUUUACAAACUGUGUGCAAUUAAGCUUGCUGGGAAGGACAGUUGGUAAUCCUUCCCGCCGAUAGUGAAUACAACAGCAAAAUACACACACACGUACACUCGCACAUUCAUGGCAUGCACUACAAGUACGCGCCGCUGUCGUAUAGAUUGUACAUUUUUGACUGUGAUUUUGUAGCUUGCGUUUGUAUGGUUGGUGUUGAUAUGGGUAGUAGUAGCUGCUGGAACGAGAAGGUGUGUAUGCUGGUGCGUUCCCGAAGCAUCGAUCAGGUCGCCAUUGCUUUUUUGAGUUGCGCGUGACCGUAUUCUCUCUCGCUCUGGCUCUCUCUCUCUCUCUCUGACACACACCUGGAUAUACUAUACAUCUCCUUUGGUAGUAAGUACCAUGCAAGGCUACUACGAUCGUGUGCAGGGAAAGUGAUUUGAGUUGUUUUUGUUUUUUAAUGACGAACGUAGCAAGCUUUUGAUUAAAGACGUCAUAAUUUUGGUUAAAAUGAGAGAGAGAGAGGUACAGCUUUGAAAGCGUUUAUCGCCAUAAGCUUUCAAUAAUAAUCAAAUCGCUUGGAACAGUGCAUGCAAAAAGGGUUUGUAAAAAUGAACAAGAGAAAAAAAACGGAAACAUGCUGCCAAAAUUAGCCCCACACAUCCGAUCUGCUGCUGAAGAACGUUUAACUCACACAAACGCAGUAGCGACACACACCGGCACAUUGUACAGAACUUUUCCAACCCAUCUACACAUUAUGCCAGUGGCACUUCUCGACCUGUGGCUGUUUUUCUAACCAUCUAGCAACCCACUGGAACAUGCAUCUAGUUGGCGUGGCCAUCCACAUUGUUGAGGGCUUUAAGGCAAGAAGGUUAGAAAAAAAACAGACUAAACCCCUUAAAAUUUCCCCAAGCAUAUAGGAGAAGAACAGAUUUCACUAAUACACUUCCUAAUAAUACUUUUGGGUGGUCAAAAAAGUAAGUUGAAAAAGGAAAACAAGUGAUGGUGGCGCAACGGUGGCGAUUAACAGACAAACACAAAUAACAAAACAAACGAAAACGAAAACGAAACGCAAAAACAAACACAUACACACACGAGAAAAAUAGUCAUUUAUUAUUAUAUUAUUAUUCUAUAACGAAAUAUUACUAUUAUUAUUAUAAUUAUUAUUAUUAUAAUCCUAAAGAUACUGUUUGCAGACAACAAAAAGAAAAAAGCGACACACGAAAGUGUGUGUGUGUGUGUCAACGCACUGAACGCUCUAGUUUGGGGCUUUGGAUUUGGACUGGCCUGCUCUCGGCCAGUACACCGACCGGUGUGGUCAGCCAUGCGAGUUGUUUCGUGCGAUUAUUUAUGUAAAGAAAAAAAGAACACUCGUAACCACACACAUACACACACCAUUUUCUUUUGCGAAACGCGUGUCGAUGAUUUCACACAUAGAUAGGAGCAAAACUGGAUGAGAAGAUUUGAAGAAGCAAUAUUCUAGCGGUGGCAGAGUGGCAGAGCGAAUGAGAAAAUAGGUGGACAACAGAAGGAUUAAUUUUGUGUAAACAGGAGAAGGAGAAGAACGAAGGAAUGGAGAAGAAAAGGCGAUAAAUAAAAAAAAAUGGAAUGAACAGAAAAGAAUACAAAAA